CUCUAGUACUUACCACCGUGUUGAACAGAAUGAACAGCCUGGAUCCACAUUUCCUACUACCUGCGGCAAGUUUCUCUUCCUAAACAAGACGGUUUCAAUGUCAUUCUUCACCCUCUAGUUCACACCUCGUGGGCCGUGAUAUUCCUUCAAGCAAUGUUCGAGGCGAUGAAGACAGUUUAUUUCCGCUACGUCGAUGAUUGCCGCUCUACUUUGGCUCUACUCGAGGUCUUGUAAGAUUGACAGAGGGAAUGUUGCAUGGGGCGAGAACAAAAACAGAGCUAAGAAAAAAGUAAAGCAAGUCGGACUUCUGAGUUCACUCUACGAGGAAAACGGUGCAUAGCGCUAUUCCUGACGACUGCGCUCAGCUUGUGGGAACGAUGCAACCAAGUUGGACUUUUCAAGGCCGCGUUAUCGCCUUCAUGAGUGUUAUGGCAGCGCCCACACGUUAACAAGCACACCAAUGAUGUCUGUGCUGCGCUCUACAGCUUUUACUGGACAUGCAGCUGCCGUGCGUCCUCGUUCUUAUACAAGCACCAUCGCCAUCCUUCCCAUCCUUCCUUCGCCCACCCAACCCCCACCUCCGAGUCAUGGACCACCGGUCGAAAAUGGAGAUGUUUAGUGGUGCAUCUCAAGUCAAGAUUAGCGGCCGUGGAAGUUUUUCAAACGUUGGAAGGGAUCAAUGCAAAGACUGCACGAUCGUUCAGACACGAGAGAAGAGGACGAAUGUUGGCAGGGGCUUACUAUCAGGACUCUCCGAGUUCACCGAAAUCAAGCGGGGCGAUAUCUAUAAGGACAAAGACAUCUGCUAUUCUUGGCAGUUGUGUUCAAACGGGAAAGAGGACACGGAGGCAGCUGUCUAUCAUGCCGAUAUUCAUGUAAAUGGAUCGUUUGGACAGAAGAAAUUCACUGUGAAGACAUAUCAUGGUCGAGAUGCAAUGAAGGAAUGGAAGCGCGAUUUUUCGCGAUGUUCUAAGGAUUGGCGCAGGGAUAUUCCCCUUUUUGGUUACAACAAGUCGUCAGUUCCUUCGUUGAUAUUCUGUGGAGGUAUAUACUCAUUCACAGAAAUUAAACUCUCGUUGAUGAUGUACUUCUAGAGCUCAUACCUGUUGCAC